AUGAAAGCACAUGCAGUGUUGUAUAAGCGUUCGUUGUGGUCAGUCGUCUCCUAGUGGGUGGCUAACACAUAAAAAGUUCCGUUAAUGUUUGUGCUAACUAAAUAAUUUAUUGGAAAUGGAUAGUGCACCGACCGAUGAGACCGGUAGUAGCCACAUUCCGUAUGGAAUGUUAAGAAAUUUUUCCAAUUCUAAUCCCACAUUGAAUAAACAUCCGAAUGUGCACGUGGAAUACCAAUUGUCGAUGCCGAUUGAUGUAGCAGCAUAUCGGCAUCCACCGUAUAGUUCACUAUGGAAUCUCAAUCAAAGCUCAGUAACCAGUUCAGGUUUUCAACACAUGGCGAGAAUGAUGGACUCAUUAAUAAUUGACAAUUUUCCGCCAUAUACGUACACUAAAAUUACGACCCAUCGACCACGAGUGGGCACCACAAUAAAGAAGUCAGCAACGGUGACCAAUCUUCCACACACCGCAGCCUCUGCAAAUCGAUCAAAUUCACAUAAAAACAAAAUUCCGACACAAGAAGUUUCUCCAAUACCUCGUAAUCCAACCGCAACACUACCACCACAUCAAUCAUCAGUGAAUAAUCAAUCCGACAACCGAUGGAUAUCAUCACUCCGACAAUCACUCCGACGACGUGAUCCGGAAAUUCAGCCGACAUUACCGUCAAUAAACAAUCAUCAUUUGCAUCACAACAGUCAUACGCCACCAAUCAGCGUUGGUUUCUCCAUUCCGAAUGAGAAGCGCAUUCGAACCGGUAAAAUAUCGGCAAAUAUUCGGAAAAGUCGGUCCGUUGAUCGAAUGAGGACACGAAAAGUGAAAAGCAAAGAAAAGCCGAAGAAAUCGUCUUCAACCGAAGAAGGCGAUGAUGAUCCGGAAGGCUUUUCCGUUGAAGAGAAUUCGACGUCUCAAAGCUCACCGAAAACAUCUCCACACAAUCGAAAAACGAAAAUAUUCAAUUCGAAUGGCUAUGAGGCCCACUUGAUCGAUAGUUUGGAGAAGGACAUUUUGCAGAGGGAUCCGAGUAUUCAGUGGAACGAUGUAGCUGGCUUGAAUGAUGCCAAGGCUAUUCUGCAAGAGGCUGUCGUGUUGCCUGUUAUAAUGCCAGAGUUUUUCAAGGGAAUACGUCGACCUUGGAAGGGCAUCUUAAUGGUAGGACCGCCAGGAACAGGCAAAACAAUGUUGGCCAAGGCAGUGGCAACCGAAUGUGGUACAACCUUCUUUAACGUCUCUUCCAGUACUCUCACCUCGAAAUAUCGCGGAGAAAGUGAAAAAUUGGUUCGAUUGCUAUUCGAAAUGGCCCGUUUCCACGCUCCAAGCACCAUAUUUAUCGACGAAAUUGAUUCACUUUGUGCCAGCCGCGGUACCGACACCGAACAUGAAGCCAGUCGACGGUUCAAAGCUGAAUUACUGAUACAAAUGGAUGGACUGAAUGCGUCGAACAAUGACAAUAAAAUCAUAAUGGUCUUGGCGGCGACCAAUCAUCCAUGGGACAUUGAUGAGGCGUUUCGGAGGCGUUUUGAAAAGCGAAUUUACAUUGGUCUUCCAAAUGAGGACACCCGAUCGGCGUUGCUGAAUUUGUGUUUAAAAGACAUCUUGCUGUCGUCUACCCUCGAUAUAAAACAGGUCUCCGACAGUCUAACAGGAUACACCGGUUCCGACAUCAGUAACGUUUGUCGGGACGCAGCUAUGAUGGCAAUGCGACGGAAAAUAACCGGGCGAUCGCCGUCGGAAAUUAAGAAAAUUCGCCGUGAAGACGUUGAUUUGCCGGUGACUGAGCAAGACUUUCAAGAGGCGAUGCUUCGCACCCGAAAAUCGGUGUCAAUGGGUGACGUUGCACGCUUCGAAAAGUGGAUGGACGAAUAUGGAUCGUGCUGAGAAUUUGAUACGCUCAAUUUUUAUCUGAAAAACUCAAUUUUAAAAUCACAAAAUUAUUAUACUCAAUACAGUUGCUUCACCAUUAAU